AUGGGAGCGAAUCAGCAGCGAGACUGGGAAGCUAGAUCAACCAGCAUCUCCCCUGCUUGGACCCUAAGUUUACCAGCAACCCGCCAGCAUUCCAAGAGACGUCAAGUCAUGGCAAGUAUUUGUCAACUUGGCCGUCAGCCAACCGAGGACUUCAGCGUUAUGCCUGGCUGCAUGAGAUUUUCCAUGGAUCAUGUGCCGACCACUUUCCACCUCGACAACAUUGAAACUGCCGUUGGGUUAGCAAGAACAAUACCGCCUCGCCUGUGA